AUGCCAGGAGGACUACCCUCCAAGCUACUCCAGGACUACCCUCCAAGCCACGCCAGGAGGACUACCCUCCAAGCCACGCCAGGAGGACUACCCUCCAAGGCACUCCAGGAGGUCUACCCUCCAAGCCACUCCAGGAGGACUACCCUCCAAGCCACUCCAGGAGGACUACCCUCCAAGCCACGCCAGGAGGACUACCCUCCAAGCCACUCCAGGAGGACUACCCUCCAAGCCACGCCAGGAGGACUUCCCUCCAAGCCACGCCAGGAGGACUACCCUCCAAGCCACUCCAGGAGGACUACCCUCCAAGCCACGCCUGGAGGACUACCCUCCAAGCCACUCCAGGAGGACUACCCUCCAAGCCACGCCAGGAGGACUACCCUCCAAGCCACUCCAGGAGGACUACCCUCCAAGCCACGCCAGGAGGACUUCCCUCCAAGCCACGCCAGGAGGACUACCCUCCAAGCCACGCCAGGAGGACUACCCUCCAAGCCACGCCAGGAGGACUACCCUCCAAGCCACGCCAGGAGGACUACCCUCCAAGCCACUCCAGGAGGACUACCCUCCAAGCCACGCCAGGAGGACUACCCUCCAAGCCACGCCAGGAGGACUACCCUCCAAGCCACGCCAGGAGGACUACCCUCCAAGCCACUCCAGGAGGACUACCCUCCAAGCCACGCCAGGAGGACUACCCUCCAAGCCACGCCAGGAGGACUACCCUCCAAGCCACGCCAGGAGGACUACCCUCUAAGCCACUCCAGGAGGACUACCCUCCAAGCCACGCCAGGAGGACUACCCUCCAAGCCACGCCAGGAGGACUACCCUCCAAGCCACGCCAGGAGGACUACCCUCCAAGCCACUCCAGGAGGACUACCCUCCAAGCCACUCCAGGAGGACUACCCUCCAAGCCACUCCAGGAGGACUACCCUCCAAGCCACGCCAGGAGGACUACCCUCCAAGCCACGCCAGGAGGACUACCCUCCAAGCCACUCCAGGAGGACUACCCUCCAAGCCACGCCAGGAGGACUUCCCUCCAAGCCACUCCAGGAGGUCUACCCUCCAAGCCACUCCAGGAACGUCGCCUACAUUGUGCUGAGACGGCUUAGAAAUGUUGAGCCUAUGAGCAACAGGAUUUUUUUCCGGCAGGAUUGA